ACCUAGACUUGUUUUCCUAUUCAAGUUAAAAAAUUUCUUCUUUUCUCCCAUCGCUCUCCCUCGACUCCAGAACCCUUCUUGUUGUUCGACCCUCGCAUUUCCUUAACCUAAAUACUGAAUUCAACCCUCUAUCAACAACCGUUAAUUAAAAUGGAAGUCUUAUCUCUUUAAAACAUUUUAUCAAACACCUCAGCCUCGUCUCUCUACCUUCACCAAGAAACUAGCGGCAAAAGUAAAAGGUCCGAGAAAGUCGCAGAAAGUGGUCGAGAGUUUCUACACGAUGAGUGAGGCUGUUCAUUGGGAUGCUGUAGUGACCCAUGAGUUUCUAGUUCUGUUGGCUGACCGUGCAAAAACAUCACAUGGUACUUCAAUUAAAACUUCUGAGUACAAGAUUAUUAGUGAUAAGUUAUGGACUAAAAUAAGGAAGAAAAUUGAAGUCGAUCAGUUAUCUUCUAAGUAUUUUCGCUUGAGAGCGGUAUAUAACUCUUGGCGUGCUCUACUUCAACAUAGGGGGUUCAGUUGGGAUCAUGAGUCUCAAACUCCAACAUGUUCUAAAGAGAUUUGGCAAGAUUAUUUAAAGCAAAACCCAAGGGCAAAGAACUUCCUACAUAAGGGACUUGUUGAUAAAGAGUUAUAUGAAGUUAUAUUCAACAAGCAAAACGCAGCAGUAAACUUGGCUUACACAUCUGCAUCUCAAGCACUGGACUCCAACAUUUUUUUGAGAGAUACCGUAGCGGUGAACAUUGAUGAAGUUGAGUUGAAACCUGAUCCAGAUAGAUUAUCUGGGGAAAAACGAUCAAACAUGUCUGGACAUGGAAGAUGCAUAGAUAGGAAGAAGAAAAGCGUUCGUGAAAACCCACUUUUGGCUAGUAUUGAAAAAUUGACAGAGGUUAUUACUAAUAGGAAUAAGGCAUAUAUGGCAGCGUAUCGAUCGAAUGCGCAAGAGAACACAAGCACUGCAACUGAUCUAUAUUCAAUGGCAAACUGUCAGCACAUGUUGACAAGUAUGGAGUUGGAUUUCAAGAUAUUGAUCGGGGCUGUGAAGUUCUUAGUUGACAAGCCGGCAUGGCGUGAGAUAUUUGUGAACAUGACACCGGAGCAAAGGACAGCUUGGGUGCAUCAUGCCUUUGACAAUGAGAAUGCACAAGAGAACACAAGGACUGCAACUGAUCUAUUUUCCAUGGCAAACUGUCAGCACGUUUUAACAAGUAUGGAGUUGGAUUUCAAGAUAUUCAUUGGGGCUGUGAAGUUCUUAGUUGACAAGCCGGCAUGGCAUGAGAUAUUUGUGAAUAUGACACCGGAGCAAAGAACAGCUUGGGUGCAUCAUGACUUUGACGAUGAGAAUGCACAAGAGAACACAAGCGCUGCAACUGAUCUAUAUUCCAUGGCAAACUGUCAGCACAUUUUAGCAAGUAUGGAGUUGGAUUUCAAGAUAUUCAUCGGGGCUGUGAAGUUCUUAGUUGACAAGCCGGCAUGGCGUGAGAUAUUUGUGAACAUGACACCAGAGCAAAGGACAGCUUGGGUGCAUCAUGACUUCGACGCUUGAUACUCAGUUUUUUCUAGGCUAUUUGUAAUGGAUACUCGCGCGCAUGAAAGCUGUGUUGAAACUAUGCUGGUUACUCCUUAAAUCUUUUUCCACCUCUAUUCAAAGUAUAAUAUCUUAUA